AUGCAGCGAGAUCCCUGCAACGUGUACGAUGAUAGUUCGCCAAUAGUAAGCGACGCAUUUUCGACCGUCCCCGCGCUUGUUUCUUCUUCUUCCGCCUCCCUCGUCUCGUCCGCAUCCCUCCCCGUUUCCGUUUCCGUUUCCGCUUCCGCUUCCGCUUCCGUCUGCGCCUCCGCCUUUUCCCCGACCGCUUCCGUGGGGCUUCUAACGACCACCGUGGCCCCGCCGGCCGUUGCCGUCAGCGGCGGCGGCGGCGGCGGCGGAUGCUCGUCGCUUCCGCACGUUCUGCCGCCCCUUCCGUUUGUCUUCAACGAGGAUUCCUUGCCGGAGAUUUCCAUUCCGACUCCGCGGUUCGUCGCCUCUGCUUCGCGAACAUCGCGAACGUCGGAACCGUCGUAUGAGGCGGUCGCCGUCCCGCAGGCGACAGUCGGCGAGCUUCGCGAACGGGUCGCAGCGUCGCCGAAACUCCCCGCUGACGCGGCAUCCACGGAGGAAUGGGCGCGACCGGAAGCGGGUUGGAAGACAGUCGGGACAGGGGGCCUGCAGGGACCCGCGCGCGGGGGAGAAACGGCUACGGGGGAAGCGGGCGGGGGUGGUAACGUUGAGAAGGCGUCGCAAGACGAAACUGACGCUGCAGCGCCGUCUAAAGAGCAAACGUUCGAAGUGUUCUGCAGCCUGCUCCCGUUACUGUACACCCCCCGUACAAGCACAUGCCUUGCUGUGUCACCUGCUGCCGCCCCAGGCGCAGUGUGGGGAGCAGGAAGCGGCACAACGGGCGCGGCUGCAGGGCGAAGCGGCGCAGAUGCUGCUGCAGCAGGGGGGAGCGGCGGAGGUGCUGCUGCAGCAGGGGGGAGCGGCGGAGGUGGCGGGGGGAUGGGAAUCACAGGCGAGGCAGGAUUGACAGGAACGGGAGGCGAGAAUGUGACUGUAACGGGAGCGAGUGUUGGAAAUGAAGACGAAAAGCCCGGAGCAGCACCUGAACCUUUGCUUGGGCGAUCAGGUGAACGCUCAGGUGCAUCCGAAGCAACACCUGAACACACUGUUGCAUGCAUACCGGCAGAUGCCGCCCCAGGUGCUGCCUCGAACUCUGCUCCCGGUGUUCCCUCAGGUGCUCCCUCAGGUGCUCCCUCAGGUGCUGGCUCAGGUGCUUUCCCAGGUGCCGCCCUGCCCAGCAGCGCAUGUGGAGUAACCCAAACGGCCCUCCACGCGUCUAAGGAGCCAGGCACGCAGCAGAGCGACAGGAUUGGGCGAUCUGUGUCAGGGCAAGGGCAGGGGCGCCCGUUGUCAGGCCCAGCGCGCGCCCCUGUCACCUUAGGGGUAGUGGCAGGACAGGCGGGAAGGAAGGGGGGGCGAAGAGGUGGAGGCGGGGAUGAAGGGAGGGUGGAUGUGGGAGAAGGGGAGGGGAAGGCAGGGGGAGCAGCAGUGGGUGACUGUACGCCAGUGGUUGGUGGCCAACAGGCCGCGUCAGUACCCGCGGCUGCUGCUACUCCUGCGGCAAAUGAUGCUUCUGCGACUAGUGCUGCCACGGCUGCUGCUGCUGCUGCUGCUGCUGCUGCUGCUUCCACACUAAAUGCUUCAUCUGCUCCUGCUGCUCCUCCUCCUUCUCCUGCUUCUCAUGCUUCUCCUGCUGCUGCUGCUGCUGCUGAUUCAUCUCCUGCAGCGUCGUCCCCACCAUCGUUGGGAAUGGACCUCCCACCGGACGGCUAUUCCUGGCGGAAGUACGGGCAGAAGCCGCCCAAAGGAUCUUCUUUCCCCAGGGGCUAUUUCCGCUGCGCUGUUCCGGGCUGCCCGGCGAAAAAAACCGCCGAGAUGGCUCCGGGCGGCGGGAGCAUGGAGAUUCUGUACAAGGACGAGCACAACCACCCGAAAGGGGCGGCAACCGGGCGGCGUGCUUCGGCUGGGCAUGCGGGCGAUGUGAGAGUGAUUAUAACGGAGGAUAUGGGGGGGUUUGCUCAGCUGGAUGCAGCUAUAAAGGGGGGAGGGAAAGGGAAAGCAGCGCAUCAGACUGCCAAUUCCCCUGACCAUCGCCGGCUGGGGUCGAUUUCACGCCAAGCUGCCUCUCCAUCUUCCUUCUCUCAUCCUCCUCCUUCCUCCCUCACGCACCCCUCUCACUUCCCUCUCACUCGCCCCGCUCCCUCCCCACUUUCCCCUCUCUCCAACCAAGCCUCCACACCUCUUCCCCCUCCGCUCACUCUCCCUCCGCCGCAGUCGCUCUCCUCCCCCUCACUCCCUCUCUCAGCGCAUUGCAGCGUCACUGCCAGUGGCAGCGGGGAGGGCGCCAGCUCAGGCUACACCAUCAGCAACACCAUCAGCAACGCUAUCCACAACCCCACCAGCAAUGCUGCUACCCACACCAUCAGCAACGUUUUUAACAGUUCAGCUAACCGCAAUCUCAGCAACACGGUUAGCACGGGUGGUUACACCAAUUUAGAGACAGUUAACAGCAGGAACCUUAGUGGAAGUAACCUUCCUGGCAGUGGGGUCCCCCGGCCUGGCAGCAUGGCAGGCAGUGUGGCUGCUGUUCCCAGCUCUACCGACCCUCCUCCUGCUACUGCUACCCUGCUUCCAAACCAGGCUCCGAGCCUGGCUCCUCCGAACCUGACUCCGAGCCACGAAGCACCCCCACCACGAGCAACAGCAGUGCCUGUAUCUCCUGCCACCCAGCCCAACCCAUCCUCCUCCUCUUCCCCUCUCCUCCCCUUCGCAACUCCCCCUUCCACCUCCCUCCCUCCUCCCCCGCCUCUCUCAAUGGAAACAGCAUCUGCCAUUCUCACAGUGCUCCAGCGCGUGCAACCUUCAGAACUCCCGGCUCUCCUCGCCUCCCUCUCGCCGCCUAGCGAUGGGGAUACAGAGGAGGAGGAGGAUGAGGGGGGAGGGGAUGGGGAAGGAGAAGGGGAAGGAGAACAGGUGACUCUAACGGUUGUGCAAGUGGACGGCCCUGGCCCUGACAAUGUGACUAUACAGGACGGGCACACGUGGAGGGCGUGUGGGCACACCCCGAUGAGGCGCGACCCCAUUGGCCGGCACUUUUUCGAGUGUGAGUAUACGGGGUGUGACGCUAAGAGGAUGGUGGAGCGGUGCCCGCAGCAGCCAGAAGAUGGGAGUGGGCGGGUGAAUCUGCUGGUCACGUAUCUGGGGUUGCACAGGCAUGCUGGGUAG